ACAAGCCUGCUAAGGAUAUAAUUUUUAAAGAUAUUAUAGGAAGCAAGAUUAAACAAAUUAAAGAUUUAGAAGCAAAGGUAGAAGAAUUAGAAGAAAGAGUAAAGAUAGAACAGGAACAAGUUAAGGAAGUUAUAGCAGUUAGUGAAAAAUGA